CAUGCAAAAGUUGGAUCGCAGUGGCACUGCAUCUAGUAUUUCUGGUUCUGUUGGCACUACUGCCGUCAAUAACACUGGCCUUGCUUUACCACCGGCACCUAUCCUUGGAGCUGCUCCUGUGGUACCUCCGGUUGUUGCUCCCCUUGCUUCUUUUCCUGCUCUUGCUGGACUUGGCGCAGGUCUUCAAGUUCCCACUGCUGCUGUGCCAGCUAUUGAUACAAUUGGUGUUCCGAGUGAAUGUUUAUUACUAAAGGAUAUGUUUGAUCCAAAUGUUGAGACGGAGCCAGAUUUUGAUUUGGAUAUCAAAGAAGAUGUUCAAGAAGAAUGUUCAAAGUUCGGAAAAUUGAAACAUAUUUUCGUGGAGAAGAACAGUGCUGGCUUUGUGUACUUGCGAUUUGAGCAUACGCAAGGUGCAGUCGCUGCACAGCGUGCUCUCCAUGGAAGAUGGUUUGCUGGAAAGAUGAUUACCGCAGCAUUUAUGGUACCCCAGGCAUAUGAGACUAAGUUCCCUGAAAGUAGAUAGGAUUAUGAUUCUGGAUGUACAACAAUGGGAGUCUAAAAGAGUAGUCUGUAUGCCUAUUGAUGCCGCUUUUUAUUGCUGCCUCUUAAGGUUAAGAUAAGAUGUCAUUUGCUUGUCUUCAGUUUUGGGAUUUUUUGUUUAUUGUUUUCUUUUUUUCUUUUUUUUGGGAGGGGGGGAGGAAGCGAGGGAGAAAAGCUUGUGUACAAUAAGUAGUUAUACUCGGGUGUUUGCAAAUGAGUUGCUAAUAGCAGAAGAUUGUGAAAAGAAGUCAUACUUACAUUUUAUGAAUUUGUUACUGCCUUUUACAAUCAAAAUCUAAGAGUCAACUGUUUGGAUGCAACUGCUGCUUCCUUUUGUAAUCUUGAGGUUUUUUUGGCUACAA